AUGGCAGCUCCUGCGCACCUUGAGUGGGCCCAUCAUCCCCACAAUCCUUACAAUUGGCCGCCCCGAAAGAAAUGGAUGUGUAUGCUCACCUCAUGCUGGGUCACCUUCAUCGUUGGAUUGAAUGCCACCUCUAUCACGACCGCUGCCGAGCCGAUCUCGCGCGACUUCGACCUGUCCAAUGGCUUCUUCGAGUAUAAUUUCUUCGCCGUCACGGCGUGGAAUGCCGCGGCUGCAAUUGUGCCGCUGGCCACUCUGCCGCUGAUGGAGACUUACGGAAUGCGAGUUGGCUUUGUGACGUCAUACAUCCUCUUCACCAUCUUCAUUAUCCCCCAGGCAUUAGCGCAAAACUUUGCCACGCUGGUGGUGUGUCGCGCGAUCGCCGGGGCUUUCGGCGGGACCUUGCAGAACAGUGCAGAUGGACUUGCAUCCAAUAUCUUCCUAUCGCACCGAGAGCGCGUGUUCCCCUUGACUCUAUAUGUCUUCACGCUGGUUUUCGGGGUGACGAUGGGGCCAGUUCUUGGUGCAGCUUUCCAGCCACUGGGAUGGCGAUGGGUAUUCUGGAUUGAACUGAUAAUCUACGGCGCUUUUGCACCCAUUGUCGUCAUCCUCAUGAAAGAAAGCCGUGGCCCAAUCCUGCGCGCCAGACUCUUCCCCGAUUCAGACACCACCACCAAACCCACCAAAAGCGAAGCUAUACGCACAUUCAAAGAGACCAUCGUGCGCUCCGCUCUCCUCCUAACGACCGAACCAACCGUAACAGUCUUCACCCUCUGGUCCGCCUUCGCCUUCGGCCUCGUCUUCAUCUCCACGCAAUCCAUCCCCAUCGUCUUCAGCGGCACUUACAACUGGCCCUCGCACACUGACGGCCUCGUACAAUCUGCCAUCGGCAUCGGUCAAAUCCUCGGCCUCCUCCUCACAACCUUCUAUCAAAACCGGCUCUACACGCGCAGCGCAGCCCACAACCCCGAACACCCGGGAACACCCAUCCCAGAAGCAAUCCUGCACCUCUCCAUCCCCAGCACGGCCGUCGCCCUCGCAGGCGGCCUCUUCAUGUACGGCUGGAGCACGGAGCAAACGCACUGGAUUGUUCCGGCCAUCGCGCUCGCCCUCAUCGGGUACGCUAUUAUGGUCAUCGUCACGGCUGUUAGUAUCUACGUGACGGACUCGUAUGCAGGGUAUGCGGCGAGCGCGAUCGGCGCCGUCGCCUUCGGGGAGAACAUCUUUGCUGCGUUUUUGCCGCUCGCUGCUAAGCCUAUGUAUCUGCGCUUGGGGUAUCAGUGGGCGAGUAGCUUGCUGGGGUUCGUGGCGGCUGUGUUGACGCUUGCGCCGGUUGUGUUGAUCUGGAAGGGGAGGGCGAUUCGCGAGAGGAGCGUGGCUAUUCGGAAGAUGAAUAUCGAGGGGUUGUGA